UUAUGCACCCCAUUUGUAAAAGAAGUUAGGUAUUGUGUUAGCACUAUCAUUACCCACAUAGUAGUGGAGAGUAGUGGAGAUGUUAGUGGAAAUGUUAGGUUUAGUUUUAUUAUAAAUAUGGAGGUGUAGUCUUGUAUGAAUUGUGACACACUUGUAGUGUGUGCACCGUGGGAGAAUGGGCAGUGAAAAAGGAGAGAGUCUCCAUGUUUGUGUAUUGUGUGAGAGAAAGAGAGAAAAUGGGUUGUGUGUUGUGAGUUGUAUGUUGUGAGCUUGAGAGAUUAAAGUGUUGUGUUUGUAUUUGUAUGUUCUGGAUAGUUUGUCCAGAAAAUUAGUAUAUACAUGUAGAGUAUAUUUUCCCAGAUACCAGACAGAUAAUAUUUAUGUAUACCUCCCAGUUCCAGUUCGAUUUCUACAAAUUACGGAUGGAAGAGGAGAAGGUCACGGCUGGCACUGAUUUCAUUUUGGAAGGUGCUCACGCUGUGACUUCAUUCUGGAGCUCUCGGACACAGAAGAGCAGCUGGUCCAGCAGGGGCGUUCCAGCAGAAGCUUGAGGAGCUCACGGACAGCCCAACCUCAGCACGGUCUAGCUACCAGCAAAGAAAGUGGUAGAGACCCGUGGAGCUGGAAGGAGUAUGAGGGAGAGCCGCCACUGAAGAGGAGAGGGAGCUGGAGUGUCUCCCGCAGGUGCCGGGGGAGACGCUGGAAGUGGCGAAGGCGUUUCCGCAGGAGUUGAUGCCGCCGAUGGAGAAAAUUUCUGCAGCGAGGGUGCCCUCGACGGAAGAGGAGUCGCGUAGGAGAGAUGGACGGUGAUGUCCAAAAGCACACAAUAGCUUUGGAGAGAGCACACGGUGCUAAAUUGUGUGCACGGCCUGGAAUAAGGUGCAUCCAGAGCUUGGAGAAGAAGCACGGCUGCUGCAUGGAACACGGUCCAGAAGCACACGGAAGAAUCCACCAAGUCCAGCAAUCCGACUUUGAAAAGAAGAGCAGCAACGUGAGGUGUGCUUGGGAAUAAAAAAAAAGGAGGCAGCAGCUGGUGGUGGGUCAUUCAAGCCACUGAGAGGAACCACCGUGAAAAAUAAGAGAUGGGGGAGAUAGAGAGAGAGGGAGUGUUGUCGAGGGAGAAGGUAGAAGAAGAAAAAUUCCAGUAGCUAAUUUCCUUGCUCCUUAUUGGUACGUAGGAGUGGUAAUAAGAGUCAAAAUGGUGGGACCUCUUCAUUUGCUUUGGAGAAGAUGGAGGAAAAGGACAAAAGGUGGGCAGCAACAUGGCAUAAUGGAAAGCAACAUUUAUUUUGUCUUCUUUUGAAGAAUGAAGAUGUAGCUUUUGAGAAAAGUGGAGGGCCACCUCACUUAUUUUUUGGCAUGCCAGGAGCACUAAAAAGAUGGAUUGAAGAAAAUUUUUUUAAAAAUCUUAAAAAAAGGCAUGCACAUGAGAACGGCCAAAGAGAAAAGGGAUCCAUCUUUCAUUUUGAAAAGCAGUGUGCACACGGGAAGGAGAAACCGAGAGGUGCAGGGACUUAUUUUUUGUUAAAAGAUGUAGCUGAUUUAAUUGGGAGAACUUUGAGUGUCCGAAAAAAAAAGGAUAGUGAAAAAGAGAGAGAGUUUGAGUAUUUGAAAAAAAAAAAAAACAAGAGAGAAAGUAAGAGAUGACUAAUCUUGCUAACAGUGUCCCUAAUUUAGUUGACAGAGCGUGUCAACUAUGUUGAUUGGAGUCUGCAGAUGAAAGCUUUUGUUGGAUCCCGAUGUUUGGGAUGUUAUGGAUUGUAGGAAACGAGAAUUCACAGAUAAGGAAGAGCAAAUCUGUGACCCAUAUUGUUGAGGUGAAAAGGACGCCUGUGACAGAGAAGUCCAGCGGUGAGAAGAUAGCAAAGGAGGCAUCUUCAAUAGACGCGUGCAAGGGACAACUGUGUUAGGCAAGACGAAGUUUGAAAAUUUGAAGGAGAAAGUGGCAUAUCAACUCGGCAGAAAUGGAGAGUCGCUGCCUGCCAGCAGAGUUGUGGAGAAGAGUUUGAAAUCAUGGACGGAUGAUUUCGAAAGUUUUGUGUGCAUCAUCGAGGAGUCGAAGGACCUAUCAAAGCUCUUGGGUAAAGAGGUUGAUCGGGUUCUAGAGGCACACCAGCAACGGUGAUUUUAGCCACAUAGAUCGAAUGCUUCGGGAAAAAGUUUGAUUUGAAGAGGAGGAAUUCGGAAUACUCAAGAACUAGACGAUCCAGGGAGAAAAGGUCGAGAAUAGGGAGCACAGGUCUGGGAGAAAAGAAAAAAAAAAUCGAGGUGAUGGGAUACACUGCAAGAAGACCAAUUUAAAGUUUACGGGGAGUUUUGUUGGGUAAACUUUAAAUGGACCCAUUGCCACAAAGUGUGUUAGGUAGUGUGUUAGCACUAUCAUUACCCACGUAGUAGUGGAGAUGUUAGUGGAAAUGUUAGGUUUAGUUUUAUUAUAAAUAUGGAGAUGUAGUCUUGUAUGAAUUGUGACACACUUGUAAUGUGUGCACCGUGGGAGAAUGGGCAGUGAGAAAGGAGAGAGUCUCCAUGUUUGUGUAUUGUGUGAGAGAAAGAGAGAAAAUGGGUUGUGUGUUGUGAGUUGUAUGUUGUGAGCUUGAGAGAUUAAAGUGUUGUGUUUGUAUUUGUAUGUUCUGGAUAGUUUGUCCAGAAAAUUAGUAUAUACAUGUAGAGUAUAUUUUCCCAGAUACCAGACAGAUAAUAUUUAUGUAUACCUCCCAGUUCCAGUUCGAUUUCUACACAACCUUUCCUUCAUUCUAGCUCUCGUUCCUUCCAAUGGCUGACGCUUUGCUGGGAAUUGUGUUUCAAGACUUGCAAUCUGUUGUUCAAAGCCAACUUGCAACCUAUUGGGGUAUUGAUCAACAGGCACAGAAACUUUCCAGCAAUCUUACGGCAAUUCGUGCUGUCCUCAGAGAUGCUGAGAGAAAGCAAAUAGCAAGCCAUGCAGUGAAGGAUUGGCUGCAGAAACUCACAGAUGCAGCAUAUGUGCUUGACGAUAUAUUGGAUGAAUGUUCGAUUCACUCCAGAGAGGUGCUGUCUGAUGAUGGACAUACUUCAUGCUUAGCCCGUGCACAUCCUAAGGACAUUCUCUUCCGUUUUCAUAUUGGAAAGAGGAUGAAAAAUAUCACCCAAAGAUUUCACGACAUCAAUGAAGAAAGACGCAUGUUUGAAUUACGAGUUGGUGUCACAGAGAAGCCAACAGUAGAUGAUGGUGAGGAUUAUCAAACUACCUCUGUCAUAACCGAACCCAUAUUCUGUGGCAGAGACGAGGAUCGAGAGAAAGUCGUGAAGCUUCUCCUAGAAGCUAAUAACAAUGAAGACCUCACCAUCUAUUCCAUCGUUGGUAUGGGUGGACUUGGCAAAACAACUCUUGCCAAACAUGUCUUCCAUGACCACAGGGUAUGCGAAAAUUUUGACUUGACAAUUUGGGUGUAUGUUUCUGUUGAUUUCAAUGUGAAGGCAAUACUGCAAUCCAUCAUAGAGUAUGCCACCGGACAAAACCCCAAUCUCCAUACUUUAGAAACAAUGCGGAAAAAGGUUGAAGAAGUGUUGCACAGCAAGAGAUAUUUACUUGUUCUUGAUGAUGUGUGGAAUGAAGACCAAGAGAAAUGGAAACAUUUGGAGGGGAUGUUGCGGUUUGCAAGGGGAGCAAAAGGAGCUACCGUUUUGGUCACAACUCGACUCGAGGAAGUUGCUUCCACCAUGGAGACGCAUCCAGCUUACCAUUUGACAGAAUUGUCAGUAGAUGACAGUUGGUCAUUGUUCAAAAGCUAUGCGUUUGGACCAAACAGAGAAGAGAAGAAAGAGCUUGUGGCAAUCGGUAAAGACAUUGUGAAAAAAUGCGUUGGUUCGCCGCUUGCAAUCAAAACAUUGGGAAGUCUAUUGCGUGAUCAAACUGCGGUAACACAAUGGGAAAAUAUAAAGGAAAGUGAGAUUUGGGAUAUACGGAGUGAAAGUAGUUCUAUGACGGGUAAGGAAAAUUCUAUCAUGCGUGCUUUGAAACUAAGCUAUUUUAAUUUGGAGUUGUCAUUGCGGAGAUGCUUUUCUUUCUGCGCAAUAUUCCCCAAAGGUUUUGAAAUUGUCAAGGAAGAACUAAUUCAUCUCUGGAUGGCUAAUGGAUUUAUUAAAUCUGAAGGAAAUGUAGAAGUGGAGGAUAUCGCCAAUAAUGUGUGGAGAAAAUUAUACCGUAGGUCAUUCUUUCAAGAAGCAAAGUCUGACAAGUUUGGUAUGAUUACAAGUUGUAAGAUACAUGAUCUAUUUUACGAUCUUGCCAAGUCUAUUAUGGGUGAAGAGUGUGUGAUGGUUGAGGAAGGAAGGUUGACUCAGUUGUCAACUAGAGUUCACCAUUUACACUUCUUAAGUUAUAAUAUGUCUGUCGAUGUAGCUGCUUUCAAGAAAGUUGAAUCUAUGCGGACUUUUCUUUUCGGUAAUAUUAGGCAGUUGCCAUCAAACCGUUGUCUGCGAGCAUUAUGUAUAAGAUCUUCUAUGUUGCCUCCAUUGAAUGAUUUAGCACAUUUGAGAUACUUGAGUGUGCAUGAUAGCUCGGUGAGAAACUUGAAUGAUUCAAUUUGUCAACUGUCGAAAUUGCAAAUAUUAAAACUGGAGUCUUGCUUUGAUUUUUAUGAGAUACCUAAAAAGUUAACACAAUUACAGGAUCUAAGACAUAUUUUGAUUAAUAAGUGUGCUUCAAUACCAGAUAUGCCUCCGAAUAUUGGGAAGUUAAGGCAUCUAAGAACAUUAAGCCUUUUCGACGCGGGUUCAACACCUGGGUAUGGGUUGACAGAGUUGAGUGGCUUAAGGCUGGGAGGCAAGCUGCAUAUCAGAGGACUUGGGAAUGUGAGCAACGAAUGGGAGGCUAAAGAAGCAAAUUUGAGGAGCAAGAAGGAGUUGAAUCGCCUAUACUUGUCAUGGGGUGGUGGUGCUAUUUCAGAAGGUAAUAAUGUUAGUGCAGAGAGAGUAUUGGAAGCCUUGGAACCUCCCUCAACUCUGAAGGGUUUUGGGAUGGAAGGAUAUCAGGGAAGAAAGUUACCGAGUUGGAUGAGAAGUGUUGUAGUUCUGAAAGACUUGGUGGAAAUUAUACUCUUUGACUGUAACAACUGUGAGGAGCUUCCUCCACUUGGUAAACUACCACACUUGAAAAAGGUACACGUGCGUGGAAUGAAAAAUGUGAAGUGGAUAGAUGGUGAGUCGUAUGAAGGUGUGGAGGAGAAGGCAUUUCCAUCGUUGAGUGUAGAGAAUUUACCAAAGUUGGAAAGGAUGUUGAGGGAUGAAGGAGUAGAGAUGGUCCCCCAUCUUUCCCAAUUAACAAUUGAUGGUGUCUUCAACUUUAAAGUCCCACAUCUUCCUUGUGUUGAGGAGCUUCAUGCUAGAAGAGUUGUAGCAGCGACUUCCUUCAUUGAAGGGGUUGGGGAUAACAUGGUUUGUCUAAAGACUCUGGGUGUUAGCUUGAUUAAAGGAGUGAAGGUACUACCGGACCAACUGAGGAGGCUGGGUGCCCUGGAGUACCUUCACAUUGGAUUUUGGUAUGAUUUGGAGCAUUUUCCAGAACAUGUAUCGGAAGGUUUGACCUCUCUUCGAAGUUUGAGCAUUUCCAACUGGAACUUAAAAUCCUUGCCUGAAGGUGUGCGACAUUUGACAUGUCUUCGGCGUUUGAGUAUCAGAAAUUGUCCAGAGCUGGUAGCUCUACCAAGCAAUAUAAGCAAACUAACUUCCCUUCUGGAUGUCUCAAUCGAUUAUUGCCCUACAUUACCAUAUGGCUUACAACGUGUGCCUUCUCUACGAACUUUGGAUAUAAUAUUUUGCAAAUGUACUUCAUUACCGGACUGGCUGGGAGACAUGACUUCUCUUCAAGAAUUAUUCAUUUUGGAUUGUGGGGAGUUGAGGUCACUGCCGAGUAGCAUUCAACGCCUCACCAACUUGUCUUAUUUGAGUAUACACGGAUGUCCUCAUCUGAGGAAGCGGUGCAAGAGGGAAACAGGAGAUGAUUGGCAAUACAUAAACCACAUUCCAGAAAUAGAACUGGACUCCUACUCACUCCCAGAGGAAAAGUCUUUAACAUUAAGUGGUGAGAGUAUCCGCCGAUUAUCUUGCUCAUGGAACUGCUUCAAGACUGCAAGACAGCCUGCCAAAGGAGUGGUAAGCAGCAAUUCAUUUGAUCGUGUACUUGAAGAGUGAAUGAGCCAUUCCAGGCACAAUCGAAGAGCAGUCUUGAGUUUUGAGAGAUUUCUUUAAGGAUUUGGGGUUUUGGACUAUAAAUCGGAUCGAACUCAUUACUACCGCGUUCUAGCUCUUCAGGGCUCCUUAUAAUCCAACAGAAGAUUGAAAUGGAUGGAUAAACACUCAUACAAGGAAAGAGGUUGACGUUUGUUUAUCUCAAUAAGACUCAUUAUUGUAAAUAUCCUUGAGUAAUAACUAGGAACUCUUGAUUAUAAAUUUUAUAAACUAUAGUUUUGCAAUUUGUAAUAAGCUAGUCUUUAGUAAGAUCAUUUGUCAUACCUUUAAGCACUGCUUUCUAAGGUUAACUGUUGUGUCAGUAUUCAAUCCAUGACGUUUAAAAGUUUGUUCUAAUAAAAGGUGCUAUAUCGUUGGUCAUAAAAGCUGACAUUAGUAGCACAAAGAUGACCCGUGCUUCCGAUAGCAUCAAAUUCACUGCCAAAGUGUUCCACAUAUCAAAAUGGGCUUAUUGGUCAUGCUGGUUCCGUUUUCAACAU